UGUUACUUCAAUGGCAUCAAGGGAGCACAUUAUGAAGUGGAUUAUGAAUAUAAGGGCAUUGGUGGUGUUUCUGGGUUUGUGGAGUGGGGUUGGAGCUGCACAACAAGUACCCUGCUACUUUAUUUUUGGGGACUCUUUGGUAGAUAAUGGGAACAACAAUCAGCUCUCAUCUUUGGCCAAAGCUAACUACCUGCCUUAUGGGAUUGACUUUCCUGGGGGGCCAACUGGAAGGUUUUCCAAUGGGAAAACUACUGUUGAUGUAAUUGCUGAGCUUUUGGGGUUCAAUGGUUACAUAUCUCCCUAUGCAACAGCUAGGGGCCGAGAUAUACUCAGAGGAGUCAAUUAUGCAUCUGCAGCUGCUGGAAUCAGAGAGGAAACUGGACAGCAACUGGGGGCGCGUAUUAGUUUUAGAGGGCAAGUGCAAAAUUACCAAAGGACAGUAUCCCAGGUGGUAAAUUUACUGGGAGAUGAGAACACAGCUGCAGAUUAUCUGAGCAAGUGCAUUUAUUCAAUUGGAUUGGGUAGCAAUGAUUACCUUAACAAUUAUUUCAUGCCUCAAGUCUAUUCUAGCAGCAGGCAGUUUACACCACAGCAGUAUGCUGAUGUUCUUAUCCAAGCCUAUGCUCAACAACUCAGGAUUAUGUAUAACUAUGGGGCAAGAAAAAUGGUGUUAUUUGGGGUUGGUCAAAUAGGUUGCAGCCCUAAUGCAUUGUCCCAAAGCCCAGAUGGUAGAACAUGUGUGGCAAGAAUCAAUUCUGCAAACCAAUUAUUCAACAACGGAUUGAAAUCACUUGUUGAUCAACUCAACAACCAGCUACCGGCUGCAAGAUUCAUAUACAUAAACUCUUAUGGUAUCUUUCAAGAUAUCAUAAACAGCCCUUCAUCCUAUGGUUUUAGAGUUACAAAUGCAGGGUGUUGUGGGGUAGGAAGGAACAAUGGUCAAAUUACAUGUCUGCCCCUGCAAACCCCAUGCAGGAACAGAAGGGAGUUCCUAUUUUGGGAUGCAUUUCAUCCAACUGAGGCUGGCAACACUGUUGUUGGUAGGAGAGCUUAUAAUGCCCAGUCUGCAUCAGAUGCUUACCCUAUUGAUAUAAACCGCUUAGCUCAGAUCUGAAGAGGGUCGUCUUAUAGUGGCAAUAAAUUACGCCACAAGUACUGUCGUUGUAAUGUGUUGUUUCUUUUAACGCAUAUGAGAGAGGUCUUGAUUUUUCUUUUUCUCUUUCGUAUUCAUAUUUUAAAUGUUUGCCUUCACAAGGUAUGAUUUCUUAUAAAUUUU